UCAAUGUUGGUUGAGCAGCGCAGAGCUGGAACGGGUGCGUGCCUGCUGAUGAGAAGCAAGGGCCGUCCACAGACAAGAAAGAGCAUGAACCUAGUCAUGGCACUGUUAAGGAUCUACAGAUAUCAUUCUUUUAGUCGGUGUUGAGAACAUACACGGUGAAUGCAACGUUGCUUUGAGGGGAUAACUGUAGGCUAUUCGUUCGUGGAGCUGGACUUCGGCGGGCAAUGGGAGGAUGUUAACUCGGAGAGGACGCAAGGUUUAUACCAAUUAAAGAAGUCAGCACGACGGAUAAGAGAGGGACGCCUUUCUGAGUAUUCAUGCAUUCACUUUCGCAAGAGAGUUGUGUUUCGUCAAAGAAACUGUGGAAAAACAAUUAAGUUCCAUUGACAAGACAGCCUACACCAUCGUCUCUCCAGACAUUCACAAAAAUGUUGAAAUUCCACAAUUCUGACUUAUGGAUUGCCUGGCUGUUUUUAUUUUGCAUGGAGGUGUGUGUGAGGGCGCUGGAGGUCACGGUCAGUCAGAGCAGCGUCCAGGUGGCCCGCGGCCAGGCAGCCAUCUUGCCCUGCACCUUCACCACGAGCGCCGCCCUCAACAACCUGUACAUCAUCUGGAUGGUCACGCCACUGUCCAACGCUAACCAGCCAGAGCAGGUGAUCAUCUAUCAGGGUGGCCAGGUGUUCAGUUUAGCCAACCAUAUGAAUGGGAGGGUGGGCUUCGUGGCCACCAUGCCCAGCACAAGUGCCUCAAUCUUCAUCAACAACACCCAGCUCUCCGACACGGGCACCUACCAGUGUCUGGUCAACAACCUCCCUGACCGAGGGGGGCGCAACAUCGGUGUCAUCGGCCUCACCGUCUUAGUCCCCCCCUCCAUCCCCACCUGUCGCCUCCAGGGGGAGCUGAACGUGGGCAGUGACAUCAUGCUGAUGUGUGGUUCCGACGAGGGCAUCCCCACGCCCACCUACUCGUGGGAGAAGCUGGAGUCGGUGCCGCGGCUGCCCCACACCGCCAUGCAAGACCAGAUGCAGGGGACGGUGACACUGCGGAACAUCAGCACCAGCACAUCUGGCCUGUACCAGUGCACCGCGUCCAACGCCAUCGGCAAGAGCACCUGCCUCCUUAACGUCCAAGUGGUGGCACCCCAGCCUCAGAGUGCGGGGCUGAUAGCAGGCACCAUCGCCACAGGAGUGCUGGCCGUGAUCAUCUGCGCUCUGCUGGUGGUGGUCACUCUCUUUUACUGGAAGAACAAGAACAAGUACGAGGAGGACGAGAUCCCCAAUGAGAUCAGAGAGGAUGACCUGCCCCCCAAACGCUCAUCAUCGGUGAAGGCCUUCCACGCCGACGCCUCGUCCUCGGAGAACGACACGCUGACGUCCACCAACACCUACAACAGCCGCUACUGGCACAAUCCCAAGCCCAACUACGACACCAACUCCUACACACGCUACAACGGCGACACGCGGCAAACCUUCAGCACGGCCACCGCCGCCGCUGCCACCCACGGCCACGGUCACACCGCGGGCAGCGGCGGCCCCCACGCCACCACGCAGCAGCCGGCCCGCAUCGUGGCCUACGCCAACGGCAGCCACACGCUGCCGCCGCCCAAGACUCUGGUGGUGACCACCAACUCGGCGCCGUCCCCGCCCGUGAUCACGCGCAGCAACGGCUCGCUCAGCAUGCGGCCGUCCGCCGCCACGCCCACACCCACCGGCGCCAGCGCCGGACACGGCGGCCACGGUCAGCACACGCACUCCUACGCCGUGAGCCAGGCCACGCUGGAACGCAUGGGCGCUGUGCCCGUCAUGGUGCCUGCGCAGAGCCGGGCCGGCUCGCUGGUGUAAACAAACAAGCAAAUAAACAAACAAAAGUAUACAAAGAACAAAACUUAUCCACUGGACAAGUGUAUAAAUAAAGAAAUAAAGAAAUAAAUAAACUGGAUUUUAUAAGAAUACAGUAUGUCCGAUGCCAAUUUUUGUUUUUUUGGCAGCAUCCAAUCCAGAGCAGCACUAAGUGGUUUUCAAACUCUUCCUGCUAGCAUUAUUUUUCUUUUCUUUUUUUUUCUUCGUUUGAUCUCAUGACAUUGCUGACCAGCUGGGAGAGACUGUGUGUCCAGCGCCUGCAUGCGAAAAAGGAGAUGGAUGAAAAAGGAAACUCCCCAGAUCUAAACAGGGGCAAAACAAACACACAAACAAACAAACAAACAAACAUGACUGACCCACAAUUCCACAGGAGACAACAAAUCUACACAGCUUCAUCCCCAUAACAGUUCUCCCACUGUCGUCCUCUGUCAUAGAAGGCAUAGACAGGACGUAUAUAUAAUUUAGGACAUCUAUUCAGUGUGUCUGGACAUAUAUUUGUCAUUAAUAAUAUUAUUGAGACAUCAUGUGAAUGUGCAUGUCCAUUUUAUUAAAAAAAAACAAAAAAAACAGCACAACCAGUAAGGAUGAGGACUCGUACAGCUCUUCCCACUUGGACGACCCACAUGACAUGGAGGAAGAGGAAACUUGUCUUUGAUAUGACGUGCUGUCUUGUGCUGGGUGCUGCACCAGUCUUAACCGGGUGGCUGGAAAUAGAGUGAGAGACAGAAAAUAGCCUUCGAGGUGGAGAGGUUGGAGACAGAGAGACUGUCGGAGAGGUGAGACUGAGAGGAAGAAAUGGUGAAAAAGAACAGCAGAGAGAGGGUGAGAGGAAGAAGGAAAUAUAACACUGUCUGUUGACAUCCAUUUGAUCCCCUUCAAAUUUAUGUCUCUCAUUCUCCGUUUUGUUUUUUUGUUAUUGUUUUGCACUGCAAUCAACGUAUGUCCCAAAUCAACUAUCUGUUCUAUGUAAAAGUCUUACAUAGAUGAUUAUUUUUAACAAUUUAUUGAUUCAUCAAAACUGAUCAGAUAGCUUUAUCCUACCUCUAACAAACAUACUAAAUUAAAAAAAUAGUACACUGUAAAGGUAGAUUUCUAACACUAUUUCUGGUGUUACAUAAAUGACAACAAAUGGAAACAUGUCCUAAUAUCCUGAUAUGAGAAACCUUUCGGUAUUUAAACUUGAAAUGUGUGCUGUCUACUUAUUAUGGGUACUGGGCCUAGGUCCAGUGGAUCUCUAUACUCUUAUUUUCUUAACAAAAUGUCCGACUCACCGCAUUGCUGCUCUGAAAACAAUGUAGAUGUCUUUGGUAUACUUGGUCUUGUAUACUUUAUAAAAAUGAUUGAUUUUUUUUUUCUGCUUGUUACUAACAACUAUUAUUUUAUGUUGGUUUUUGUUUUGUUUUGUUUUUUUACUGUAAAUAUUGUAACUAUUUGUAG